AUGAAUGAAUCACCGAGGCCAUUUGGAAUCUUUGGCGAUGCGUACACAAACGUCAAUGAACCGUUGGCAAUGGCAUCUAAGUACUGGCAUUUAUUGCAUUUAUCUUAUGCUGAAACUGAUGCAAAAUUUGCUACAGCAGAUGCUCAGGAAAUGUAUCCAACAUUUUUUCGUAUCGUACCUGGUGACCAAAAUUUGAAUAAUGCACGAGGUCGUUUCAUAUCCCGGUUUCACUGGAAAAAAGUGGGCACGUUAAAACAAAGCGAUGAUCCCAAAUAUGCUCUGGUAAGUUAA